CACCGAAGACUUGUAGCCCCAAACAGUUUGCAUGCAAAGAUCAGAUUACGUGCAUAUCUAAGGGCUGGCGCUGUGACGGGGAGAAGGAUUGUCCGGAUGGCUCGGAUGAAUCUCCCGAUAUAUGUCCCCAGAGCAAGGUGUCCCGCUGCCAGCCCAACGAGCACAACUGCCUGGGCACCGAGCUCUGCAUCCACAUGAGCAAACUCUGCAACGGGCUCCGUGACUGCUUCGACGGCUCUGACGAGGGGCCGCACUGUCGGGAACAACUGGCCAACUGCUCGGCACUGGGCUGCCAGCACCACUGCGCGCCGACGCUGGCUGGACCCGUCUGCUACUGCAACCACUCCUUCCAGCUGGCCGAGGACCGGAGGAGCUGCAGAGACUUUGAUGAAUGCACUGUAUAUGGGACCUGCAGCCAGACAUGCACCAACACAGAGGGCUCCUACACCUGCAGCUGUGUUGAAGGAUAUCUCCUGCAGCCAGACAACAGAUCCUGCAAAGCCAAAAACGAGCCUGUGGACCGACCUCCCGUGCUGCUCAUUGCCAAUUCGCAGAACAUCCUGGCCACAUACCUGAGUGGAGCCCCUGUGCCCAACAUCACCCCCACCAGUGCCAAGCAGACCACGGCUAUGGACUUCAACUAUGUCGAGGACAUGGUGUGCUGGGUCCACGUGGGCGACAGUGCCUCCCAGACCAUCCUCAAGUGUGCCAAGAUCCCCAACCUGAAGGGCUUUGUGGAGGAACGCUCCAUCAACAUCUCCCUCAGUCUUCACCAUGUGGAGCAGAUGGCCAUCGACUGGCUCACGGGCAACUUCUACUUUGUGGAUGACAUCGAUGACAGGAUCUUUGUCUGCAACAAGAACGGGGUCACCUGUGUCACACUGCUGGACCUAGAGCUGUACAAUCCCAAGGGGAUCGCGCUGGACCCAGCCAUGGGCAAAGUGUUCUUCACUGACUACGGGCAGAUCCCCAAGGUGGAGCGCUGCGACAUGGACGGGCAGAACCGCACCAAGCUGGUGGACAGCAAAAUCGUCUUCCCCCACGGCAUCACCUUGGACUUGGUGAACCGACUGGUGUACUGGGCUGAUGCCUACCUGGACUACAUUGAGGUUGUGGACUAUGAGGGCAAGAACAGGCACACCAUCAUCCAGGGCAUCCUGAUCGAACACCUGUAUGGACUGACCGUCUUUGAGAACUACCUGUAUGCCACCAACUCUGACAACGCCAACGCGCAGCAGAAAACCAGUGUCAUCCGUGUGAACCGCUUCAACAGCACUGAGUACCAGGUGGUGACACGGGUGGACAAGGGCGGAGCACUACACAUCUACCACCAGCGGCGCCAGCCCACAGUGCGGAGCCACGCCUGCGAGCCGGAUCAGUUUGGGAAGCCAGGAGGCUGCUCGGACAUCUGCCUCCUCGGGAACAGCCACUGCCGCUCUGGGUUCAGCCUGGGCAGCGAUGGGAAGUCCUGCAAAAAGCCCGAGCACGAGCUGUUCCUGGUGUAUGGGAAGGGGCGCCCGGGCAUCAUCCGUGGGAUGGACAUGGGGGCCAAGGUGCCAGACGAGCACAUGAUCCCCAUUGAGAACCUCAUGAACCCCCGAGCGCUGGACUUCCAUGCUGAGACUGGCUUCAUCUACUUCGCUGACACCACCAGCUACCUCAUCGGGCGCCAGAAGAUCGAUGGCACGGAGCGGGAGACCAUCCUGAAGGAUGGCAUCCACAACGUGGAAGGGAUUGCCGUGGACUGGAUGGGAAACAACCUGUACUGGACGGAUGAUGGCCCCAAAAAGACCAUCAGCGUGGCACGGCUGGAGAAGGCUGCCCAGACACGGAAGACGCUGAUCGAGGGGAAGAUGACGCACCCCCGCGCCAUCGUGGUGGACCCCCUGAACGGGUGGAUGUACUGGACGGACUGGGAGGAGGAUCCCAAGGACAGCAAGAGGGGCAAGAUCGAGAGGGCCUGGAUGGAUGGUUCCAACCGCAACAUCUUCAUCACCUCCAAGACGGUCCUGUGGCCCAAUGGGCUGAGCUUGGACAUCCCAGCCAAAAUCCUGUACUGGGUGGAUGCUUUCUAUGACCGCAUCGAGAUGGUCUAUCUCAACGGCACCGGGCGGAAGAUCGUGUAUGAGGGCCCAGAGCUGAACCAUGCCUUCGGGCUGUGCCACUACAGCAACUUCCUCUUCUGGACCGAGUACCGCAGCAUCCGGAUGUACGACGCGCAGCAGCAGCAAGUGGGCUCCAACAAGUGCCGUGUCAACAACGGGGGCUGCAGCAGCCUGUGCCUGGCCACCCCCCGGGGCCGCCAGUGUGCCUGUGCCGAGGACCAGAUCCUGGGGUCGGACUCUGUCACCUGCCAGGCCAACCCGUCCUACAUCCCACCGCCGCAGUGCCAGCCCGGGGAGUUCGCCUGCAAGAACAACCGCUGCAUCCAGGAGCGCUGGAAGUGCGAUGGAGACAAUGACUGCCUGGACAACAGUGAUGAAGCCCCUGAGCUUUGCCACCAGCACACCUGCCCCUCGGACCGCUUCAAGUGCAAGAACAACCGCUGCAUCCCCAACCGCUGGCUCUGCGAUGGGGACAACGACUGCGGGAACAACGAGGAUGAGUCCAACUCCACCUGCUCAGCCCGGCCCUGCUCCCCCAACCAGUUCUCCUGUGCCAGCGGCCGCUGCAUCCCCAUCUCCUGGACGUGUGACCUGGACGAUGACUGCGGGGACCGCUCCGAUGAGUCGGCCUCAUGUGCCUACCCGACCUGCUUCCCCCUGACACAGUUCACCUGCAACAACGGGCGCUGCAUCAACAUCAACUGGCGCUGUGACAACGAAAAAGAUUGUGGGGAUGGCUCUGACGAAAAGAACUGUNNNCACUCCUGCUCCAGCAACCAGUUCAAGUGCAACAGUGGGCGCUGCAUCCCUGUGCACUGGACCUGCGACGGGGACAACGACUGCGGGGACUACAGCGACGAGACCCACGCCAACUGCACCAACCAGGCCACGCGCCCUCCCGGGGGCUGGCACACGGAUGCGUUCGAGGACCGGCUGGACGGGCUCUGCAUCCCCAUGCGCUGGCGCUGCGACGGCGACACAGACUGCAUGGACUCCAGCGAUGAGAAGAACUGCGAGGGGGUCACCCACGUCUGCGACCCCAACGUCAAGUUUGGCUGCAAGGACUCAGCCCGCUGCAUCAGCAAGGCCUGGGUCUGCGAUGGGGACAGUGACUGCGAGGACAACUCUGAUGAGGAGAACUGCGAGUCGCUGGUGUGCAAACCCCCCUCACACACCUGUGCCAACAACACCUCCAUCUGCCUCCCCCCUGAGAAGCUCUGCGACGGCUCCGACGACUGCGGCGAUGGCUCUGACGAGGGCGAGCUCUGCGGUGAGCGCGGGGACGGGUGUGGGGUCGGGAGCCACAACUGCACAGUGGCCCCCGGUGAGGGCAUUGUGUGCUCCUGUCUCCUGGGCAUGGAGCUGGGCGCGGACAACAAGACCUGCCAGAUCCAGAGCUACUGUGCCAAGCACCUCAAGUGCAGCCAGAAGUGCGAGCAGGACAAGUACAAUGUCAAGUGCUCCUGCUACGAGGGCUGGAUGCGUGUUGGGUGGCUCUGCCGCGGCCUGGCUCUGACCAGCUUCGAGGUGGUGAUACAGUAUGGGCUGGCCACACCUGAGGGACUGGCUGUGGACUGGAUUGCUGGCAACAUCUACUGGGUGGAGAGCAACCUGGACCAGAUCGAGGUGGCCAAACUGGAUGGCACCAUGCGAACCACACUGCUGGCUGGGGACAUAGAGCACCCCCGCGCCAUUGCCCUGGACCCUCGCUAUGGGAUCCUGUUCUGGACGGACUGGGAUGCCAGCCUGCCCCGCAUCGAGGCUGCCUCCAUGAGCGGCGAAGGCCGACGCACCAUCCACAAGGAGACGGGCUCGGGAGGGUGGCCCAACGGGCUCACUGUUGACUACCUGGAGAAGCGAAUCCUCUGGAUCGAUGCCAGGUCAGAUGCCAUCUACUCAGCCCUGUAUGAUGGGACAGGGCACAUCGAGGUGCUGCGGGGACAUGAGUACCUGUCACAUCCCUUUGCUGUCACCCUGUAUGGUGGGGAGGUGUACUGGACCGACUGGCGCACCAACACACUGGCCAAGGCCAACAAGUGGACAGGGCACAACGUGACGGUGGUGCAGAGGACCAAUACACAGCCCUUUGACCUGCAGGUGUAUCACCCGUCCCGGCAGCCCCUGGCUCCUAAUCCCUGUGAAGCCAAUGGCGGCAAAGGGCCGUGUUCCCACCUCUGCCUCAUCAACUACAACCGCACCUUGUCCUGUGCCUGCCCCCACCUCAUGAAGCUGGACAAGGACAAUACAACCUGCUAUGAGUUCAAGAAGUUCCUGCUGUACGCACGGCAGAUGGAGAUCCGGGGCGUGGACAUUGACAACCCCUACUACAACUACAUCAUCUCCUUCACUGUGCCAGACAUUGACAAUGUCACAGUGGUGGACUACGAUGCACUGGAGCAGCGCAUUUACUGGUCAGACGUCCGCACCCAGACCAUCAAGAGAGCCUUUAUCAACGGCACCGGCGUGGAAACCGUUGUCUCCGCAGACCUGCCCAACGCUCACGGCCUCUCCGUGGAUUGGGUUUCCAGAAACCUUUUCUGGACCAGCUAUGACACCAACAAGAAGCAGAUCAAUGUGGCCCGGCUGGACGGCUCUUUCAAGAAUGCAGUGAUCCAGGGCCUGGACAAACCCCACUGCCUGGUGGUUCACCCGCUCCGGGGGAAGCUGUACUGGACAGACGGGGACAACAUCAGUGUGGCCAACAUGGAUGGCAGCAACCGCACACUCCUCUUCACCAACCAGAAGGGACCUGUUGGCCUGGCCAUUGACUACCCAGAGAGCAAACUGUACUGGAUCAGCUCUGGCAACGGCACCAUCAACAGGUGUGACCUGGAUGGCAGCAACCUGGAGGUGAUUGAGUCUGUGAGGAGCCAGCUGAGCAAGGCAACCGCCCUGGCCAUCAUGGGGGACAAGCUGUGGUGGGCUGACCAGGCCUCCGAGAGGAUGGGCACCUGCAAUAAGAAAGAUGGGACGGAGGUGACAGUGCUGCGCAACAGCACCACGUUGGUGAUGCACAUGAAGGUGUACGAUGAGAGCAUCCAGCAAGCUGGGACCAACCCCUGCAGCCAGAACAACGGAGACUGCUCGCAGCUCUGCCUCCCCACCUCUGAGACCUCCCGCUCCUGCAUGUGCACCGCCGGCUACAGCCUCAAGAGCGGGCAGCAAUCCUGCGAAGGUGUUGGCUCCUUCCUCCUGUAUUCGGUCCACGAGGGAAUCCGAGGCAUCCCCCUGGACCCCAACGACAAGUCAGAUGCUCUUGUGCCGGUGUCAGGGACCUCCUUGGCUGUGGGGAUCGACUUCCACGCAGAGAACGACACAAUUUACUGGGUGGAUAUGGGCCUGAGCACCAUCAGCCGGGCCAAGCGGGACCAGACGUGGCGCGAGGACGUGGUCACCAACGGCAUUGGCCGCGUGGAGGGCAUCGCCGUGGACUGGAUCGCUGGAAACAUCUACUGGACAGACCAGGGCUUUGAUGUCAUCGAGGUGGCCAGGCUGAACGGGUCUUUCCGCUACGUGGUCAUCUCACAGGGACUGGACAAGCCACGGGCCAUCACAGUCCAUCCAGAGAAGGGGUACCUGUUCUGGACAGAGUGGGGGCAGUACCCCCGCAUCGAGCGCUCACGCCUGGACGGGACCGAGCGGAUGGUGCUGGUGAAUGUCAGCAUCAGUUGGCCCAACGGGAUUUCUGUGGACUACGAGGAUGGGAAGCUGUACUGGUGUGAUGCUCGGACAGACAAGAUUGAACGGAUCGACCUGGAGACGGGAGAGAACCGGGAGGUUGUCCUGUCCAGCAACAACAUGGACAUGUUCUCUGUGUCGGUCUUCGAGGAGUACAUCUACUGGAGUGAUAGGACUCAUGCCAAUGGCUCCAUCAAAAGAGGCAACAAGGACAAUGCCACUGAGUCAGUGUCCCUGCGGACCGGGAUUGGUGUGCAGCUCAAAGACAUCAAAGUCUUCAACCGAGCCCGGCAGAAGGGCACCAACAUCUGUGCCCAGAACAACGGGGGCUGCCAGCAGCUCUGCCUGUUCCGUGGCGGUGGGCAGAGGACGUGCGCCUGUGCCCACGGGAUGCUGUCGGACGACGGGGUGAGCUGCCGGGACUACGAUGGCUACCUGCUGUACUCGGAGCGCACCAUCCUCAAGAGUAUUCACCUCUCGGAUGAGAACAACCUCAACGCGCCCAUCAAGCCCUUUGAGGAUGCAGAGCACAUGAAGAAUGUCAUUGCCUUGGCCUUUGACUACCGCUAUGGCUCCAAGGGCAGCAACCGCAUCUUCUACAGCGACAUCCACUUCGGCAACAUCCAGCAGAUCAAUGAUGACGGCACGGGGCGCAAGACCAUUGUGGAGAAUGUGGGCUCGGUGGAGGGGCUGGCGUACCACCGCGGCUGGGACAAGCUGUAAUUGAAGGGCUACACCACCUCCACCAUCACCCGACACACCGUGGACCAGAGCCGCCUCGGGGCUUUCGAGAGGGAGACGGUGAUCACCAUGUCAGGAGAUGAUCACCCCCGGGCCUUUGUGCUGGACGAGUGCCAGAACCUGAUGUUCUGGACCAACUGGAACGAACAGCACCCCAGCAUCAUGCGAGCCACCCUCUCUGGUGCCAAUGUCCUCAUCAUCAUUGACCAGGACAUACGGACGCCCAACGGCUUGGCCAUUGACCACAAGGCUGAGAAGAUUUACUUCUCCGAUGCCACGCUGGACAAGAUCGAGCGCUGCGAAUACGAUGGCUCCCACCGCCACGUGAUCCUGAAAUCGGAGCCUGUGCACCCCUUUGGCCUGGCUGUGUAUGGUGACUACAUCUUCUGGACAGACUGGGUGCGCAGGGCCGUGCAACGCGCCAACAAGUACGUGGGCACCGACAUGAAGCUGCUGCGUGUGGACAUCCCCCAACAGCCCAUGGGCAUCAUUGCUGUGGCCAACGACACCGACAGCUGUGAGCUGUCCCCGUGCCGGGUGAACAAUGGUGGCUGCCAGGACUUGUGCCUGCUCACCCCCAAGGGACACGUCAACUGCUCCUGCCGCGGGGAGAGGGUCCUGCAGGAGGAUUUCACCUGCAAAGCCCUGAAUUCCACCUGCAACGUGCACGAGUUUGAGUGUGGGAAUGGCGACUGCAUUGACUUCAGCCGGACCUGCGAUGGCGUGGUGCACUGCAAGGACAAGUCAGAUGAGAAGCAGUCCUACUGCAGCAGCCGCAAGUGCAAGAAGGGAUACCUGCACUGUAUGAACGGGCGCUGCGUCGCCAGCCGUUACUGGUGCAACGGCGUGGACGACUGCGGGGACAACUCGGACGAAGUGCCCUGUAACAAAACCAGCUGCGCCCGAGUUCCGCUCCGCUGCCGAGACGGGAGCUGCAUCGGCAACUCCAGCCGCUGCCACCAGUUCAUCACCCCCAGCCGCUGCAACCAGUUCAUCGACUGCGAGGAUGCCUCGGAUGAAAUGAACUGCACCGCCACGGACUGCAGCAGCUACUUCAAGCUGGGGGUGAAGGAUACCACCUUCCAGAAGUGUGAGCACACCUCCCUGUGCUACGCUCCCAGCUGGGUAUGCGACGGCGCCAAUGACUGCGGAGACUACUCGGACGAGCGUAACUGCCCAGGUGGGAGGAAGCCCAAGUGUCCAGCCAACUACUUUGCCUGCCCAAGCGGGAGGUGCAUCCCCAUGACCUGGACCUGCGACAAGGAGGAUGACUGCGAGAAUGGCGAAGAUGAGACCCACUGCAGUGAGCGGCAGGACAAGUUUUGCUACCCUGUGCAGUUUGAGUGCAACAACCACCGUUGCAUCUCCAAGAUCUGGGUGUGUGAUGGUGCCGAUGACUGUGGGGACGGCUCUGACGAGGACAGCCGCUGUCGGCUGACGACCUGCAGCUCAGGAUCCUUCCAGUGCCCAGGCACCUACGUGUGCGUGCCGGAGCGCUGGCUCUGUGACGGAGACAAGGACUGUGCGGACGGAGCAGAUGAGACCAUCGCUGCUGGCUGCCUGUACAACAACACGUGUGACGAGCGGGAAUUCAUGUGUGGAAACCGGCAGUGCAUUCCCAAACACUUCGUCUGUGACCACGACGAUGACUGCGGUGAUGGCUCCGAUGAAUCCCCAGAGUGUGAGUACCCCACCUGUGGCCCCCACGAGUUCCGCUGUGCCAACGGCCGCUGCCUCAGCAACCGGCAGUGGGAGUGCGACGGGGAGUUCGACUGCCAUGACCACUCGGAUGAGGCACCCAAGAACACACGCUGUAACAGCCCAGAGAACAAGUGCAACGACUCCUUCUUCCUCUGCAAGAAUGGCAACUGCAUCUCCGAGGCGCUGCUCUGCGACAACAGUAACGACUGUGCUGACGGCUCCGACGAGCUCAACUGCUUCAUCAACGAGUGUCUCAACAAGAAGCUGAGUGGCUGCUCCCAGGAGUGUGAGGACCUCAAGAUUGGCUACAAGUGCAGAUGCCGUCCUGGGUUCCGGCUGAAGGACGACGGGAAGACGUGCAUCGACAUCGACGAGUGCUCCACCACCUACCCCUGCAGCCAGAAGUGCAUCAACACCCUGGGCAGCUACAAGUGCCUCUGCACUGAGGGCUACAAGCUCAGACCUGACAAUCCCACCAGCUGCAAGGCUGUCACAGAUGAAGAGCCCUUCCUCAUCUUUGCCAACCGGUACUACCUGAGGAAGCUCAAUCUGGAUGGCUCCAACUACACACUACUCAAGCAGGGGCUGAACAAUGCCGUGGCUCUGGAUUUCGACUACCGGGAGCAGAUGAUCUAUUGGACCGAUGUCACCACGCAGGGCAGCAUGAUCCGCCGCAUGCACAUCAACGGCAGCAACGUCCAGGUUCUUCACCGGACAGGGCUCAGCAACCCCGAUGGGCUGGCUGUAGACUGGGUGGGAGGCAACCUGUACUGGUGUGACAAGGGUCGGGACACCAUUGAGGUGUCGAAGCUCAACGGCGCAUACCGCACCGUGCUGGUGAACUCAGGCCUGCGGGAGCCCCGCGCGCUGGUGGUGGAUGUGCAGAACGGUUACCUCUACUGGACAGACUGGGGGGACCACUCCCUGAUCGGGAAGAUUGGCAUGGACGGCACCAACCGCAGUGUCAUUGUUGACACCAAGAUCACUUGGCCCAACGGCCUCACCCUCGACUACAUCAACAGUCGGAUCUACUGGGCUGACGCGCGGGAGGACUACAUCGAGUUCGCCAGCCUGGACGGCUCCAACCGGCACACAGUGCUGAGCCAGGACAUCCCACACAUCUUCGCGCUCACCCUCUUUGAGGAUUUCAUCUACUGGACAGACUGGGAGACCAAGUCCAUCAACAGGGCCCACAAGACGACAGGAGCCAACAAAACACUCUUGAUCAGCACGUUGCACCGGCCCAUGGACAUCCACAUCUACCACCCCUACCGCCAGCCCGACGUUCCCAACCAUCCCUGCAAGACCAACAAUGCUGGUUGCAGCAACCUCUGCCUGCUCUCGCCGGGUGGGGGGCACAAGUGUGCUUGUCCCACCAACUUCUACUUGGGCAGUGACGGCAAAACCUGUGUCUCCAACUGCACAGCCAGCCAGUUUGUCUGCAAGAACGACAAGUGUAUCCCUUUCUGGUGGAAAUGCGACACCGAGGACGACUGCGGGGACCGGUCGGAUGAGCCGGAGGACUGCCCUGAGUUCAAGUGCAGGCCGGGACAGUUCCAGUGCUCCACAGGGAUCUGCACCAAUCCAGCCUUCAUCUGCGACGGAGACAACGACUGCCAGGACAACUCGGAUGAAGCCAACUGUGACAUCCACGUCUGCCUGCCCAGCCAGUUCAAAUGCACCAACACCAACCGCUGUAUCCCUGGCAUCUUCCGCUGCAACGGGCAGGACAACUGCGGGGACGGGGAGGACGAGAAGGACUGUCCGGAGGUGACCUGUGCCCCCAACCAGUUCCAAUGUGCCAUCACCAAGCGCUGCAUCCCCCGUGUCUGGGUCUGCGACCGCGACAAUGACUGCGUGGAUGGCUCCGAUGAACCUGCCAACUGCACCCAGAUGACCUGUGGUGUGGAUGAGUUCCGGUGCAAGGACUCAGGCCGGUGCAUCCCAGCACGCUGGAAGUGUGAUGGGGAGGAUGACUGUGGAGAUGGAUCUGAUGAGCCCAAGGAGGAAUGCGACGAGCGCACCUGUGAGCCGUACCAGUUCCGCUGCAAGAACAACCGCUGUGUGCCAGGCCGCUGGCAGUGCGACUACGACAACGACUGCGGGGACAACUCCGACGAGGAGAGCUGCACGCCCAGGCCCUGCUCCGAGAGCGAGUUCUCGUGUGCCAACGGCCGCUGCAUCGCGGGCAGGUGGAAGUGUGAUGGGGACCACGACUGUGCCGACGGCUCCGAUGAGAAAGACUGUACCCCCCGCUGUGAGUUUGACCAGUUCCAGUGCAAGAAUGGACACUGCAUCCCUAUGCGCUGGCGCUGCGAUGCCGAUGCUGACUGCAUGGAUGGCACCGACGAGGAGAACUGUGGCACUGGGGUUCGCACGUGUCCCCUGGAUGAGUUCCAGUGCAACAACACCCUGUGCAAACCCCUGGCCUGGAAGUGCGACGGGGAGGAUGAUUGUGGGGACAACUCAGAUGAGAACCCCGAGGAGUGCUUGAAAUUCCAGUGUCCCCCCAACAGACCGUUCCGCUGCAAGAACGACCGGGUAUGUCUGUGGAUCGGUCGACAGUGCGACGGCAUUGACAACUGUGGUGACAACACGGAUGAGAAGGACUGUGAGUCACCCACGGCCAAGCCCAAGAGCUGCAGCCAGGACAAAAACGAGUUCCUGUGCGGGAACAAGAAGUGCAUCAGCGCCAACCUCCGCUGCAACUUCUUUGAUGACUGUGGAGAUGGGUCUGAUGAGGAAUCCUGCUCCCACGAGCACAAGUCGUAUGACUGCAUGACCAACACCACCAUGUGUGGGGACGAGGCCCAGUGUGUUCAGUCCCAGUCCACCUCAUACUGCACUUGCCGCAGAGGCUUCCAGAAGGUGCCGGACAAGAAUUCCUGCCAAGACAUCAACGAGUGCCUGCGCUUUGGGACCUGCUCCCAGCUCUGCAACAACACUAAGGGCUCCCAUGUCUGCAGCUGUGCCAAAAACUUCAUGAAGACAGACAACACGUGCAAGGCAGAAGGCUCUGAGCACCAGAUCCUCUACAUUGCGGAUGACAACAAGAUCCGGAGCAUGUACCCCUUCAACCCCAACUCAGCCUAUGAACCAGCCUUCCAGGGUGACGAGAACGUGCGCAUCGAUGCCAUGGACAUUUACGUCAAGGGCAACAAAAUCUACUGGACCAACUGGCACACAGGCAGGAUCUCGUACCGGGAGCUGCCUGCCUCCUCUUCUGCCUCCACUGCCUCCAACCGCAACCGGCGCCAGAUCGAUGGUGGUGUCACCCACCUGAACAUCUCAGGGCUGAAGAUGCCACGGGGAAUCGCCAUCGACUGGGUGGCUGGGAACAUCUACUGGACGGACUCAGGGCGGGACGUCAUCGAGGUGGCGCAGAUGAAGGGCGAGAACCGCAAGACGCUGAUCUCGGGAAUGAUCGAUGAGCCCCAUGCCAUCGUGGUCGACCCACUGAGGGGGACGAUGUACUGGUCAGACUGGGGCAAUCACCCCAAGAUUGAGACAGCCGCCAUGGAUGGGACGCUGCGUGAGACCCUGGUGCAGGACAACAUCCAGUGGCCAACAGGCCUCGCCGUGGACUACCACAACGAGCGGCUGUACUGGGCUGACGCCAAGCUCUCCGUCAUCGGCAGCAUCCGGCUCAACGGCACUGACCCUGUCGUGGCCAUUGACAACAAGAAGGGGCUGAGCCACCCGUUCAGCAUUGACAUCUUCGAGGACUACAUCUACGGCGUCACCUACAUCAACAAUCGCAUCUUCAAGAUCCACAAGUUCGGGCACAAGGCUGUCACCAACCUGACGUCCGGCCUCAACCACGCCACUGACGUCGUGCUCUACCACCAGUACAAGCAGCCUGAUGUGACCAACCCUUGUGACCGCAAGAAGUGCGAAUGGCUCUGCCUGCUCAGCCCCAGUGGCCCUGUCUGCACCUGCCCCAAUGGCAAACGCCUGGACAACGGCACCUGCGUGGUCAUUCCCUCACCCACCACCUCCCCUGUCG